UACGGAUGAUGUCAGUUCACGUUCCGUCGGGAGUUUCUGUUUCAGUGCGGGACUGCGAGCAGGCCCACUGCUGGCCGUCAUCGGGCGGGCAGAGGAGGAGAGGAAAAGUGUGUUUACACAGACGGCUACCGCCUGGGGAAUCGUAGGGGAGAGGAAGUGAGCCGGCUCUGCGUCUGCCUGCUCCAACUUCCUGCUCAGAAACAGAAAAAAAGCCCAGGAUCCGAUUUCAGUCCGGCACAACGGUGCGGACCAGAAGUAAGCAUGGAAAAACAAGGAAUCACACAGGCUUCGCCGUAAAGUUUCUCGGACCGAAGAGACCGACCCAGAAAUCGCAGGUAUGGACAGCGCCAUCACUCUGUGGCAGUUCCUGCUGCAGCUGCUGCUCGACCAGAGCCACAAGCACCUGAUCUGCUGGACGUCCACGGACGGCGAGUUCAAGCUGUUGAAGUCUGAGGAGGUGGCCAAGCUGUGGGGGCUGCGCAAGAACAAGACCAACAUGAACUACGACAAGCUGAGCAGGGCCCUGCGCUACUACUACGACAAGAACAUCAUCAAAAAAGUCAUCGGCCAGAAGUUCGUCUACAAGUUCGUCUCCUUCCCCGAGAUCCUGAAAAUGGACCCGCAGGCGGUGGAGAUGGGCCUGUCCUCUGGAAGGUUCCCGCCCCAGGAGGGAGAGGCCCACGAGCUGGACGUAGAGGAGGAGGAGUGCGAGGAGAGCGAGGAGGAGGCGGAGAGGAGGAGCCUGGCGGCGCAGCAGUGUCGAAGGGAUUACCUCCACUCGGGCCUGUACUCGUCCUUCAGCCUGGGCUCCCUGCAGAACCAGCCGGAGCUCCUGCGCGCCCUGCGGGAGCGCCGCGACGAGCCGCGCUCCGUCAUCCGCUUCGGCGCCAACGCCGGCGAGAGGAGCCCGCCCCCCUCCGGCAAGUCCGAGUCCUUCGUGUCCCCCAGGCCGGCAAAACUCCCCUCUGUUUCCCACUCCCCGUCCUCCCCGAGCACCCAGCCCGGCCAGAGCUGGAGCCCCGCCGCCGCCGAGGAGGAGGAGGAGGACGGGGUGGACUCUGACCAGAGCGCUCAGCCCCUCAACCUGUCCUCGGGCCAUAGGGAGCGAGCCCUGCAGCCCCCCGAGAAGAGGAGCACUAACAGUAGUGCCAACCAAGGAGACGGACUCCCACCUAAAAGCAAAAAGCCCAAAUCUCUGGAGAUCUCCUCGCCGUCCCUGCUGCUGUCAGGGAGCGACAUCGGCUCCAUCGCCCUGAACAGCCCGGCUCUCCCAUCCGGCUCCCUGACUCCCGCCUUCUUCACUGCACAG